AUGAAGCUGCAUAAUUGUACUGUGAUCGUCCUCCUACUAACGGUAGUAGUAUUUCACUUUUUUUUAACAUUCACCGUGGAGACGGCCAACGUAGUUAAUGAGAAAAUUGAGCAAUUUGCACCGCAACGACCACAACAGCACCCUCCAGUUCCUAUAAGUGUAAGACGAACUGAGGCUGGGUACGUUAAAUUAAUUGAGAGGGUGGAAUGUAGAGAUGAAAUAAUCAAAAGAUGUCCUAAUGUCAACAAGAACUUCCACAUUCUCACCUGCCUCCAUAACAGCAUUCCUUUAAAUGACGAACCUUUGCCUGAAGACUGCCAGAAUCUUAUAUGGGAAGCAAAGUUGAAUUUGACAAAAGCAAACAGCAUAACAAUUGAUGGGCUGAGUAUUGUAUCGUGCAAAGAAGACAUCCAAAAAAUUCCAGAUUGUUUGGAGGAAGAAUCAAGGCAAGGCUCAGUGACUUCCUGUCUUAUUGAGUUCAUAAAUAAUGUGAAGAGUGUGGAUUGUAAGAAGUACCUGGCCAUGGUGGAGCCUCUUAUCUUCAGUGACUAUCGACUCAUCUACAAACUUGUUAACGUGUGCCAGGAUGACGUCAACAAACUCAAGUGUGGCAGGACUGAUGGCAGGAUUCAUAAUCUCAAAGACCAGGGAGCUACUAUUGACUGCUUGUCUGAAAACCACAACCAGCUCAGUCCGAGUUGUCGACAUGAAAUUUACAAGAUAGCAGAAUUGCAGUCGGCGGAUUGGAAGAAUGAUCGAUCUCUCUUCAUCGCAUGUAGGGAAGAUAGGGAGGUCUUUUGUAAGGAGGUGUCGCCUGGCUCAGGAGAGGUCUACAACUGCCUCUAUGCCAACAAGAUGAACAUGGAUAUGUCAGAAAAGUGCCGAAAGAAGUUGAGGCAGAGACAGAAAUUGCAGCAAGAUGACUUUCAAGUGAACUUCAAAUUUGCAACUGUUUGCAAGGCAGCCAUCGACCAGUACAAAUGUUCUGACGGUGCAAAGAACAUUUCCGGACAUAUGUACGCUGGCAUCUCAAGCAUCAUUCUCUGCCUUGAAAAGGUCAAAGUUAAAGGUCGCUUGGUAGAGGAUGAUUGCCUAUCAGAGGUGAAGUCCAUAAGACAUUCAUUGCUGGAGGACCACAAGAUCAAUCCCGAAGUAGUCACAUCGUGCGUGAACGAGAUACAGACUUGUGAGAAGAGGGACCUAGACGCUAAGAAACACGUCAUCCACUGCAUCAUGGACAUGGUGAGGUCACUCUACAGGAAGAAACACUUGAAGAAGAUUCCCAAACCAGAUAAUGCUGACUCGGAUGUUUACGAGGAUGCAAAUGAUAGGGUUGAUAAUAAUAAUAAUAAUCCUGAUACGUUGCCAACAGUUUCCUCUCCUUGUAUUAUGUCGGUGGAGAGGCUGCUGAAGGAGGUGAACGUUCGCGACAACUUCGACGUUGACCCAGCUCUCAAGCAGGAUUGCGCCAUGAGCAUUUCCAGGGCCUGCCAGCUGGUGGAACCUGGCAAGGGCAGAAUGAUCAGCUGUUUGAUGGGUCACUUGAACAAACCUCGCAUGUUGGACAAAGCCUGCAUGGAUCGGUUGAUGGAGAUUCAGUAUUUCCUCUCCAAAGAUUUUGGUACAUCAAUUAGAUUCAUGGAGACUUGUGCGUCGGAUAUAUCAUCAUUGUGCUCCAACGACAUUCAUCUGCAGUUCAACCACCAAUCCGAGCAGCUAUCAUGUCUCUACAGGAACAAAUAUGAUAAGCUAACAGAGGAUUGCAAGUCCGAAUUAUAUCAGUUAAUGACUGACAGAGCACUGAGUGUUGACCUACCUGUUGACGUUCAAGAUGCCUGCAUGUCAGAUCUCAUACAGUUCUGUGCCGUUGUCUCCAAACGAGAUGAGGAAAUGGAUUGUCUGGAGGAUAAUUACGACAAGUUGGAGCCACGGUGUCAGGCGGUGGUUUCGAAAAUGGUGGCCGAGGAGGAAGAGAUGCCACUGAUGAGUCGUCUGGUCAUCGAGGCAUGCGAACCGAUGUGGCACAGUGUAUGCAAGCCUGAAAUUGAAGGAACGCAAAAAAGGAACUCUUUGAAAAAGUCCAAUGAGGUAGUAGGAGGAGAUGGUGGGGGUGAGGUUGAUGACGAAGUGGGUGACGUGAGUGACGAGGAUAUCAUGAAGUGCCUCAUCCAACACAAGAACGAUGACAACAUGCCCAAGAAGUGCAAGGCUGGUGUGGAGCACCAUCAGAUUAUAACAUUGAGAGAUGUACGUUUAUCACCAAAGUUCAACAAAUCGUGCUUCAGGGACGUCAGAGUCUUCUGCGGCAGAUUCCAUGCAUUAUCAGACAUAGUGAGGUGUUUGAGUGAGGUCAACCUGAACGACACAUUGAUGGAUCAGCCACUGAGGUUGCACAGGAAAUGCAUUAGACGUCUGCAGUUUGAACAACUUCAAAUUAGUGAGAACAUAAAAUUGGAUCCAGCGUUGGCGAGUGAAUGCAGGGAAGAUAUUGAACAGCACUGUUCCAAUGUUAAAGCAGGACAAGGAGCUAUAUUGGAAUGCUUGAAAGGUCACCAGAAACUAUUGAGUGCCAAAUGCGUUGCACUGGUCUUCAAAAGAGAGAUGGUUGAGGCUAACAAUCCACAGACUGACUACGUCAUCAUGAACAAAUGCAAGCAUAUGAUCAUGAGAUACUGCUCUGAAUACACAGAGAGGCCACAGUUGAUACUUGACUGCUUGAAGAAGAACAAGGAAGAGGAUAGAUUCGACAUGCAGUGCCGAGACGUAGUUAAUGACAGGCUCAGGUUGAGAGCGUCAGACAUAAGACUGAACCCCACAUUGAAGUCGGCCUGCAAGGAAGACAUCCCCAAGUAUUGCGAGAAGCAACUGGAGAAGUUGAGCAGUACGGACACAUCCGCUGACGGGAUUGUUGUUGCUUGUCUCAAAGGUGUCUAUGCUCAUUCUACAAACGGGAGAUUGAUGACGCAAUCGUGCCAGAACCUAAUCCACGAGGCCAUCAGGGAUGCGGCUGUUGAUUACCUGCAGGACGUCGCACUCGUGGCCAGCUGCAGGGAUCUAAUAAGAGACCACUGUUCAAAGGAGUCGUUAAGACAGUCCAUUGCACGUCACAAGGACACCGCUGAUGUGGUCGACUGCUUGAAAGAAAAAUUGCUUACUUCCAAGGAGCUACGUGACGCUAAUUCUCCAUGCCUUAAUGAAAUAUUUCGUAAGUUGAACGAGAGCUUGGUUGACUUCCAGGUUGAUCCUCUGCUCUACAGAACUUGUUUUGAUGAUGCCAAGUCCAUCUGUCCAAUUGCACAAGGGAAUGGACGAGUUAUGUCAUGUCUGGUCGAUGCCUACAACAACAAAGUGGUCAUGAGUAGUGGGUGCAUGAAAGCCCUGAAAGAUCGCACGGAGCUCUGGGGACUUGCCAUGAGGCUGGCUCCUCCCGAAAAUUUCAUGGAGAUGGCAGAACAUAUUCAACUUUCUAACUCAAGAAAUUAUUUCCUUUUUGUUAUCUUCUCAUUCAGCCUCAUUUUAUUUUUCACUGGUUUAUUCUGUGGCAGGGUUACCAAGAGAAUUAAGAGAGCGGAAAAAAUUAAAUAAGACUUUUUUUAAUUUUGUUUUUUGUUUCAAUUUAUUUUUUUUGUUUGAAUUUUUACAGUUGUUUGUCUUGAAUAUUUACUGAGUUUAUUCCAGAUUUCAAUUUAAAUUGUUUUAAUCUUAUGAAUUGUAUGGAUAUUUAGGGCUACUUGUAUUAUUUUUAAGUUUAUAACUUUUCACAUUCUCGUUAAACAUGAUUCCAUUUUUAAUUUUGCUUGUUUUUUUGUUUCUAAAAUUUUUAAUCAAUUUUAUAAUAAAAUAAAUAUAAAGUCAUAAA